AUGGUUUUCGAUGUUCAUGAUUUCAUAGCCAAUCCUUCAGUGGAAAUCUUAAACUCGUCAAAUCCUUGUAAGGAUGAUUUCAUUUACAUGGCUAGGCACUGGGGAAUUGAUUAUCAGAAAGAGGCCACUAAAGCUCAACUCAAAGAUCUCAUAAUUGAACAUUUGCAAGAGCAGCAUGAACCGCAGGCUUUUCCUCUUGAAAAUAUUGACUUUGAUACUAGUAAUCCUUCACAAUUACUAGAAAUAGAAAAAUUAAGAUUUCAAAUAACACAAGCUAAGAUUUUAGAGGAUAAUCCUGAAGGUUUCUUUAGAGAGUUUGAGACCAUAGCCAAACAUUUUAAUUGGCCUGAAGAACAUUGGGGGUUAAUAAAGCCUAAACUGACCGGUAAGGCUCUAAAAGUUUGUGAAAAUCUUAAUGAUAACACUGAUUAUGAAGAAGUAAAUUGUGCUAUUCUAGCUGCUUAUUCCAUAACCACUGAAGGAUAUCGGCAGGCUUUCAAGAACAUGAACAAGUCUUCUAGCCAAACACAUGCUGAAUUUGCCUCGGAGAAGCUUAAAGCUUUUAGAAGGUGGAUAAAGUCUGCCUCAGUCGGUAAUUUCGAUCAACUUUGCAACCUCGUAGUUUUAGAGGAAUUCAAGAGAAAGGUUCCAUAUUCUGUCAUGAUUCACCUCACAGACAAGGAGGAAAAUGACCUCCACAAAGCAGCCAAGGCAGCAGAUGUGUUUUCCUUAGUCCAUCGUAGUAUACCAGGGGAGAGAAGGAAAGCAAAUAUUGUAAAGUCAUCUGUAGGAUUUAAAAAUAAUAUGGAGAAUACUAACAGUGGACAGUAUCAGUCUAAUACCCAAAUAUCUACCCUAUACUGUAAAUUUUGCAAAAAGGAGGGUCAUCUAAUUAAAAACUGCCCACAUCCAAAAUGUAAGGUGGCAAAAGAAGCAAAAGAUUAUAUUUUUACAAAACCUGUGGCUACUACUAACUUCGCUAAUAAACGGUUUCAGGAAGAUCCAUUUAAGGCAUUCCGAUCAAAGGGUCACGUGUUCAAGUCGGGUGGUAAUAGAUAUCCAAUUGAUAUUGUCAGAGAUACAGCAUGCGCACAAUCACUCAUACUGAAGAGUGCUCUGCCAGAUAUUGAAAGCUGCUUAACAGGUGAGAAAGUCUGGCUUGAAUAUAUUGAAGGAUGUGCUCCUAAACAGCUAGCUGAAAUCAACUUAGAUUGUGGUAUAGUAAAAGGACCAGUAACGGUUGGUGUUGUAGAUAAAAUACCAAUUCCUAAUGCAAGUUUCCUCAUGGGUAAUGACUUAGCUGGGGACUUAGUAAUACCAGAAUUAAGAAUUUGA